UCGAGCAAACCUCAAGCCAGACUUGAGACGUUCGAGGACCUCAGAGGCUUGUUGAACCCAACUUCGGGCGCUGUCCUCUGCACGUUACACCCACUGUUCUUCACAGAUUCCCUUGCUGUCUCACUUUGCUAAAAGCCUUUCGGUUUACUCCGAUGUCGCGGUGAUUUUGAAACACAAGUAGUCUCCUGUGUUUGGUUGACGCUCACGAUGAGACGUGCUAAAAGUUUCCAGGACAAUCAUUAAGGAUGCACUGGUUAAUGUUUCCUAAACCAAGUCUGCUUGUGUGUUUUCAUAUCUUAAUAUCAGGUCUUACACUGAAAGCCAGUGCCCUUAUAUAUGAGGAGAUAUCUUAUCUAUACAUACCUGAUGAGCUGCAAUGGGACAGUGCAGACGAACUGUGUUACCAGCGCUUUGGGACCUUAGCCAAUGUGUCCAGUCCAGUUGAGAAGCAAGACAUAAAGAACUAUUUAAGGUCCUUAAACAUCUCUGAAGGGGUGUGGAUCGCUAAGAAAUUCACAACUCAUCUUCAAAGGAACAUCUCUGUCUUUUUGGACUCCAUUUUGGACGUGGAUUCCUUGGAGAAUGAGAGAUUUUCCGUAGAGUUUGUCCAUAGCUCUCAGCCUGAUGAAGAGUGUGACAUUCUUGACCCUGUAACAGGGCGUUUGAGUCACGACAAUUGUGAAUCUUUCAGAGGAGCUGUCUGCCAGUUUAAGAAAGUUGUAGAAGUGUUGGAUGAGUUCCGUUUCCCGAAGACACCAUUAUUCAGCCUGUUGACCCUGUACCCUUUAACAAGUCAUAGUGUCAACUCUUCAUCGGACAGAGAGCUAAACUCACUGCAUCAGCUUACCCGGGCUGUCCUGGAUGUAAUGAAGGAUGGUGGUCCAAAUGUUCUCACCUCCAGUGAUGUCCACUUUCUUUCCCAAAAGAUGAGGAUGGCCUUGUCUGCAUCGGCUAGUAGUCACCCAGCCACCGCUAAUGCAGCAGAGGCCAUGGCGUCUAUUGCUACAGAUUAUGUAAAGAUGUCCAGUGUGAUGCUGGAGCCUCAUGUGGCUCAACAGUGGAUGGGUUCAACAGAUGACGGGAUCAGCAUGGGACCGUUUACUAUUGUCAAUAGCAUUGACAGUCUUACGGAAACUCUGGCAGACAUACUCUCUGCUGAGGGAAAAAGCUUCUCACUUUCUACUAAGAAUAUAGAUGUAUUCAUCAAGAGCCAUAAGUUGACUGAAGGAAGCUGCUGUCAAUCAUUUAAACCAUUUGACAUCAGCUCUAAGAUGGUAAGCGGCAAUGAUCAGGAUGAGCUGGUUAUCCCAGACUCGGAGUUAAGGAGAAUUCAGAAGCUGGGACAUAAGGAUGUGGUGUUUAUUCACACAUAUUACAGCCGUUUGAAUGAGAUUGUAUCGGGUGCAGCAGAGCCUUUUCUGAGCCAACAAGAUAAAGUGAAAAGAACUCUCUCAGGUCACCUAGCUUCUGCUGUCAUAUCAGCCACUCUCCGUGAUGCUUCAAAGGCCCAAACAAUCCCUGUUGCUGUCAAGUACACGCUGUCCUCAUCUCAUGAGAUGGCGUUUGCACAGAGAUUUUCCCCAGUCUGUGCCUUUUGGAAUUUCAGCUUGAUAAAUAAUCAAACCAGUGGCUGGUCCAAUGAUGGCUGCAGUGUGAUCUUUGCUGGCUCUGGUGUUACUUCUUGUGUAUGCAACCAUACCACAAACUUUGCAGUGUUGAUGAAUUAUUUAAAACCAAAGUGGAGUACCGAAGAAGAGCUCGUUUUGACCAAGCUAACAUUCAUCGGCUCGGGAGCAUCUUUGUGUGCUCUGGUGGUGACAUUAAUGCUGUUCACUGUGUUGGAUAUACCUCGAUCUGACAGGACAUCCAUCCAUAAGAACUUGUUUAUUGCUCUGAUCUGUGCUCAAGUGAUUCUGCUCUGCAGUGGCUCAGCCAUUCACAACAAGGUUGCGUGUACACUUGUGGCAGCAUUGCUUCACCUGUUCUUCAUGGCUGCCUUCAGCUGGAUGCUGGUUGAGGGUCUGCUGCUUUGGAGCAAGGUGGUUGCUGUCAACCUCAGUGAAGAAAGACACAUGAAGUAUUAUUAUCUCAUCGGCUGGGGUCUGCCAGUGCUCAUAGUCACCAUCACACUAGCGUCGGCCUCAGGCAAAUACUUGGCGGAUGGCUACUGUUGGCUCAGUGUCCAGAACGGUGUCAUCUGGGGCUUUGCUGGGCCUGUCAUCUUCAUCAUUAUGGUCCUUCUCACACAGAGUGAAGCGGCUGAACACCACUUAACUGUCACAUGCUGUCGGGUUCAGCAACUGGCAUUUGUAAAUGUCAUGGUACUUACCAGGGUGGUGGUCAUCACUAUCUCCACAGCCAAGAGGAGGUCCAUUAUGUUGGCAAUGGGUGCCAGUCCAGUGGAACAAACCUAUGAGCAAGUUAGGGCUGCUGUUAAAGCAGUUUUGGUUUUGCUGCCCAUUCUUGGAUUGACAUGGCUGUGUGGUGUUCUGGUGCCUUUCUCCAUUGUCAUGGCCUACAUCUUCAUCCUCCUCAAUUCCCUCCAGGGUCUGUUCAUCUUCCUGAUAUAUGGGGUGUACAACACAGAGGUUCGGACCACGGUCAACAGGAUCAAGGAAAGGAGAAAGGCGCUUAAUUUUUCAAACUGUGCCAGUACCCGUCCAUCCAGCUCAGUCACAAGCUCUCGUCCAAUCAGUUUGCCAGCAGGAACAACCCCGAACCAGGAAGAAGGAACCACAUGCCAUAACUGCAACACCCCAGGCCAGCAGAAGGAGGAAGACAGUACCACAUCUCAGCUGCCCAUUCCUUGUGUUCCAAGGGAGUCCAAUUUCUCCACCCAAAGUGUUACAGGCACUCGUCUGCAUAGAAAGACGCUCCCUCCUGUACAAGCCGAAGCGUCCCCAGCUAGUUGCAGUCUCGGCAUCCCGAUGGAGUUGGAGUUUACCGCUUCUUGCUUCUCAACAUAGAAGACGUUCAGCUUCAUUUUAGAAGAGGCGAACUACUCCAAGGGGCGUCAAAUCCAAAUUGUGAGUUGUUUGUGUGAUGGAUGUUUGCUUUUUACCAUGGCCUAACUUUUACUAAUGUCAAUGGGGGUUUUAUGUUUUCGGAAUCGGAAUGGUCACUUUUUUAAUAAGGGCUCUGCAUCAGUACUGUCCCAAAUUGGGUUUUGAUGGGAAAGUUUGUAUUUUACAUGAAAUAAUGGAGCAUCUUUGUGAAUCGGUUGUGUACGAUAAUGUACAUUCAGUAUGUAGCGGUUGUGUUUUAGACUUAAUGAGGCUACUCUUUUAUUACGCUUGUUAAUAAACAUCGAAGAUUAAUAUGUCAAAUGAGUACAGCAAUAAUGUGUAUAAUCCUUACAGCUGUGUGUCAAACAAUAAGAAACAAAGUAAUUUGGCAUCUCACAAUUGAUAGCAAUACUGUACAGGAAGCAAAUGGGAUUUUCUUAGUUUUUGAAGUUCUUAGUCUUUACUUUUGGCCCUCCAAUGUUGUUGUGCUCGUACUGUGACAAUAAAAACCUUUU